AUCUAGUCGGCCAUUUUGCGUUGAACUGUCAAAAAUGGUGACAGCGUCAUUUGUAAGCAGCGGCCCAGCCUUGUUCCACUGAAGAUUUUGUGAAUUAUUCCACCUUUUUGCUGUUUUAUAUAUCCUAAUUACCAGAACUUUUGUCUUUUCAUCGAUAUAAGUCUGUACGUGAAGAUUUUUUGCUAGUGCGUGGCUAGGUCGCCUGGCGAACGUUUCGAUCUUGCAUCAUCGUCAUCAUGAGCAUCAUUAUCAGGCUGCAGAACUUGCCGUGGUCGGCCAACGCUCUGGAUAUCAGGCAGUACUUCCAUGGACUGAGCAUUCCCGAAGGAGGGGUACACAUCGUCGGAGGGGAGUUGGGCGAUGCUUUCAUCGCUUUCAGCACCGACGAAGAUGCCAGACAAGCCUUUAACCGCAGCGAGGGCCAGAUCAAGGGCAUCCAGAUCAAGCUCAUGCUCAGCUCCCGCCAGGAAAUGCAGCGCGUCAUUGAGCAAGCUCGCAACCAGAGCAUGGCAGCGUUCAUGCUGCCCGCGACCACCCCCCAAGCACCUCUUCCUGCUGCCGUACCCCCCGUGGUACCCGCCCCUGUGCCGGAAAUGAGGCAGGAGAGCAGGGACGUGGACAGGAGCGGCGACAGGAGGGAUAAGAGAGAGAAGAGGAGAUCCAGGAGCAAGUCGAGGGAGAGGGAAAGAGAGAAGAAGGAUAAGUCGAGAGAUAAGAAGGAUAGGAAGUAUAGGGACAGGACUAGGAGCCGGAGUAGGGAUAGGAGGGACAGGAGGAGGAGGGAUAGGAGUAGGAAUAGGAGCCGUAGCAGGGAUAGGAGGAGAGAUAGAUCACCAAAACGAGAGCGCGAACGCAGCCGCGAACAAGGCUCCGUAAACCAGCGAGUCCCUGUUCAAGAAGUUUGGUCCAAUCCGAACCCAGUCGUCCCAGCGGCUACUUUGAACAUCGUGCCCCCUAGCGACGCACCUGGUAUUUUUGGAGCGUUUCCCUUGGCCCUCGAUCCCAUAGCCAAGCGCGCUCUAGAGGCGAAACUCGGAGUUAACAUACAACCUCCAAGAAUCAACGGAUUCCCCAACGUCAACAACCCCAAUUUCACUCUACCCAAUCAGCAGAACUUAAACAUGAGAGCCAGAGACUCCUGGCCACCGUCCAACCAGCAACAGCAACAACAUAUGGGUAACAAUUUCCAGAAUAAUGACAAGCCUCAACAAGGUCCUAUGGGUGGACAAAGACCGAACUUUCAGAACAGGAGGAACGACCAUCAAGGAGGUAACUUCGAUUAUAAAAACCAGGGUCCUAACAAUAGGAAACAGCAUUUUGGAAACGGAGACGAUCACAACGAUGUUCCAGUGAAUGCUUGUAUCUCUAUGGAGCCUUUCUACGGAUCUUACGGUGAUCUUCGGCGAUUUUUCAACGGAUUAAGCAUUAACUACAAGGGUAUCAAAGUGAUUAACGACGAAUACGGCCACAAAACUGGCAUUUGCUUCGUACAGUUCCGCGACAGCAGCGCCAAAAACGAAGCCUUGAAGAUGAGCGGUCAAAAGUUGAACAACAUCGACGUCAAGAUCGUCAGCAUCACCGACCAAGUCUUCGAUGAAGCUUUAGAUCGGUAUAAUCCCAGAAUGGAUCCAAAUCAUCAAGCGGACGACCCUCAUAAUAAAUUCAGACACAGGAAUAUUUCGAAGUAUUUCAACAACACAGCGUCUUCAGAACCCCAGAUCAAAGAAUUCACUUGUUUGAAAAUCGAGGAUUUGCCUACCUACGUCAAAGAGCAAGAUAUCUUGCAUAUAUUCUCGCAGCAUCCGCUGAUAUCGCUCCAUUUGAAUACCAGACCUCGCGGAGGGUCUGUGGCUUACGUCAAAUUUGGCGGACAGGAUGUAGCUCGACAGGCGUUGGAAGAGAAAUCUCACCACGUCAUUUCCGGGAAACCUGUCACAGUGAAACCCUGUAAAGACGAGGAAUUCGAAAAAAUCAGCGGAGAACAGUCGGUUACUUUGAACGAAUCAAAUCCAGUAACUCCUCCGACCGACUGUCUCAGUUUAACAAACCUUCCUUCUAAGACUACCGACAGAGAUAUAUCAGACUUUUUCUCGGACAUUGGGGUAAUUCCACUAAACAUUCACCUCAUGGGCAACCACAUGGGAUUCACUGGCCAAGUUUACUGCGAGUUCAGUUCAAACGACGAGGCCAAGAAGGCUUUGUGUAAAAAUGGAGCUACGUUAGGACCAAACGUCAUAACAGUUGUCCCGAUACCUCGCCAGGAGAUGACUAAGAUUUUAGAUAACGUGGUGUUACUGUCGGAUGACAAAACCGACGAUGAACCGAUACAGGAAGGACCUAUUAUGAACCUCCCUAACGUGCCGAGCGAUGAGCCUCCUGAAAAACUACAGAUCCACCAGAAUAUCGUCCCUCCUAGUUUCCCUCCGUUAAUGUUACCCCAAGACGUCAGACCUUUGAUGAAUGACAGACCUAUGAUGAAUGAGAGACCUAUGAUGAACGAGAGACCCAUGAUGCGUGGGAGGAUGGGACCUAGAGGUCCCAGGUUCGGAGGUAGAGGCCGCGGUGGUGGACAUAGGUUCAAUCAUCCUCCACAGGAUAACUUUGACGAAAAUCGACCAGGAUGUACGGUGUUUAUGGACAACGUUCCUUACAAGGCUGGAACGGAUGAAAUCCUGGAUUUCUUCGACGGAUAUAACUGUACCAAUAACGUAAGCAGACGGUACAACCCUAACAAUACACCGAGUGCGGAAGCUAAGGUGACGUUUCGCAAUGCAGAUGAUGCUUUCAGAGCUGUCAACGAGUUGCAGGGUAAGAAGAUUUGGGAGAGGACUAUAUACCUGAGGCAGGUAUGAGAUCGGAGACGAUCUUCUAAAGUUGAUUUUGACGAUUAGAGGACGAACAUUUUUGUUUAUAACUGAAUCAGCACGAACUUUGUGCGUGGAAUGUGAAAAUAAACGAAGAUUUGAGAUAAUUCAGGACGUUUAGCGGGAGAGACAAUUUUUUGUUGAGUGAAAAAUAAGAUUUUUUUAAUUAUGUAUCUAUGUACAUAGAAGGACUUAUCUCUAGGUUCACCUAUAUCCUGUAGCUCUAAAUUACUGCUAUAUUAGUAGUAUGACUUUGGUUACCUAUAUUUAAUGUAAAUAAGUAGAAUAUAGAGUUUUUUAUGUAGGUAUGCAUCGAAUGAUUUGGGAUAUUUUCAAAUAAAGAACUUCAUUGUA